GCAUUAAACAAGCGGUGACAUAUGAAAACGAAGUUAUUUUGGGAUAAUUCGACUUGAUACAGUGCGCGAUCGCAUUGGAGGGCUAUAAACUAUCAUUGCUUAUAUUUUCUAAGCAAAAGCAUAUAAAACUAAAGUAAAACAUGCUAUCGGUUCUUCGUUGAUCAUCUUGCUGAUUACUGCGACUCCAUCGCCUCAUCGCCGAGUUCUCCAAGUCCAGCCUCUUUGAGGAGAAAGGCAUCGUCGGCUCGCUUACCAUCUGCUCCAUGCUCCUCUUACUCGCCUUCUUCGCGAUCGAAGCAUCCGUAAGGAAGGAAACAGCGUGGGCAAGAGCUGAGGAAACAAAAAAUUCUACUGUUGGGUUUUUGAUUGGGAGGAAGAGGGAGUGGCGGAGGGCGACACGAGCAGAGGAUGAGGAAGGCGGAUCGACCGAGAGUGGGAUGGGCAACGCUGAGGGUGCGGUUGGGGUUGACAGGGCAAGGGGCCCACAAGUGGGGCCAAAGGGCGUCGUAGGUGACCUGGAGGGCAGUGGUGACAAGGAGGAAGAUGGAGAACGCCAACUAGAAGGGGCGGGGCGGGAGUGGCGAAGGCGGAUGGGGCGACGUCGCACGCGGUGGGAGCGGGGGCGGAGGUGAAGGACCACGCCGCUCACGAUGGGUGACCGGUGGAAAAUGGGCGUCCCCGAAAAAAAUCAAUUAGAUAAAAUAUCCAUAUAAUCAUUAGAUUAAAACCCAACAGUAGAAUUUUUUGUUUUUGGGUAAGGAUGUAUAUAUAUAUAUAUAUAUAUAUAUAUAUAUAUAUAAUUGCAAGAAAACCCCCGAAAUUUGUUUCUGUCGGGAGAACUGCUUCUGAGUUGUUCGUCGAGAUUAGAGCAAAGUCGCUUGUUGCGCUGCUGCGAGCGAGACAUGUGGUGGCGCUGGCACCAAACCCUUGGGCCGGGCAGAGUACUGCGAAGAUCGCCUUGUCGUAAACCGCCAUGGCUUCCUUCUUCCUUCUCUUACUCUGAUGUCCCGAAAAAGAAGGGAAAGUUGGCACCUUUGCAGGAACGGAGGAUGGUUGAUAGGUUUAGGUUAUGGACUAAGGGAGGCGAAGGUGGAAAUGGGUGUUGCAGCUAUAGACGCAGCAGGACUGACCGUUAUGGCAGACCUGAUGGUGGAAAUGGUGGAAGAGGUGGUGAUGUCAUCCUUGAAUGCUCUUCAGCUGUUUGGGACUUCAGCAAUUUGCAGCAUCACUUGAAUGCACAAAGAGGAGGGAAUGGAACUUCAAAGAGUAAAGCAGGGAGCCGUGGGUCUGACAAGGUUGCUCAAGUACCAGUUGGCACUGUAAUACACCUAGUUAGUGGUGAAACUUCUUUUGCUGAAAACUCUUCUAUCACAUCCUUAGACCCUUGGGAAAUACCAGGAGCUGUUGACACUGAUACAGCUAAUUCUGUUCAGCAAAAAAGUGUUAAGGUCAAUGCAUCUUGUUCAGCACUAAUGAAAGAUUUGCAUAUGUCACCUUUGUACUCCGAAGAUGAUGUUAAUAAAUCACAGCAUGAUGUCAAAAUAAGUUUUGGUUCUCCUGCCUCCACUGAGGUAGAGUGGGACAAAGACACCGAAGAUGAUGAACCAUGUUGCAAAACUACCUACGAGGAAAUUAAAGAUGAUCAAACUGAUGAUGCAAAUGAAAUCAGAGUAGAGGAAGAUGAGGAGGUGAUGAAGGAGGAAGAAGAAGAGGAGGUGGUGCGAUAUUCAGUUGCAGAAUUAACUCAACCUGGGCAAAGAAUAAUAGUUGCACGAGGAGGAGAGGGUGGCCUUGGUAAUGCUACUUCAAAAAAGGAUUCUCGCAAAAGUGUCAGUUACUGCAAUGGUGCUUCAAGUCCAGAAACUUUGGAUGGUGAAUAUCAAACUUCAUUGGCUGCUGGAAGACCUGGCUCUGAAAGUGUUCUUAUACUGGAACUGAAGAGUAUCGCAGAUGUUGGCCUUAUUGGAAUGCCUAAUGCUGGUAAAAGCACAUUGCUAGGGGCCCUAUCAAUGGCUAGGCCAACUGUGGGUCAUUAUGCUUUUACCACUCUAAGGCCCAACAUAGGAAAUCUAAAUUACGAGGACUUCUUCUCCGUCAAGGUUGCUGACAUCCCUGGUCUUAUAAAAGGAGCACAUGCAAAUCGUGGGCUUGGCCAUGCUUUCUUGAGGCACAUAGAGCGCACAAGGGUUUUGGCAUAUGUCGUUGAUUUAGCAGCAGCAUUGGAUGGGAGGAAGGGUAUUCCGCCAUGGGAGCAACUGAGGGAUUUGGCUUUGGAGCUUGAACAUCACCGGGAAGGUUUGUCAAAUCGACCGUCCUUAAUAGUGGCCAACAAAAUUGAUGAAGAGGGUGCAGAACAUGUGUUCCAAGAACUAGAGAGAAGGGUCCAAGGCGUCCCUAUAUUUCCUGUAUGUGCUGUCUUGCAAGAGGGAGUACCUGAACUAAAAGCUGGAAUCAGAAGGCUUAUAGAUGGCAGUGAGUUGCACAGACUUUGUGUCGAUAACAUAUUGACUGACUAGCCUAAGAGUUAUUUCAUAGUGAUGUAUCCACCAGCUACUUCAUUCAGAGGUCACUGCACAUCUUUUGUCAGGUGUCCCCAAUAAGUAGAAGAAAGACUUUCCAAAAUGCAGCUACGUGCUUGUUUAUCUCAAUUUUCUUUGAAUCUUGCAAGGAUGCAGAGCUUGUUAAAUGUAUUCUGUGUCAAUUGGAUGGUGGUCAACUUUGUUGAAGAUUGUGUCUAUCAAUAUUGUUUCUUACUAAAAGUGGGUAAGAGUGUUUCUUGAUUACAUCAUUAUUAUAA